AUGAUUAAAUUAAUAAUAAUUGUAUAUUCAUUAAUUAUAUUUGUGAAAGGUCAAUAAAUCUGUCCAGAAGAUGAGUAUAAUUUCAAAAAUUAGUGCAUAGCAAAGUCAUGUUAAAAAUAUAUUGAAAAAAUAACCUCCAAAAAGAAGCCAAGUGGAAAAAGAUUUUUAUCAUUAGAUAUGAAAGGAAAAGUAGUUAAAAAGUAAUAGCAAUAUGGGAUUGAAAUAGAAUUUAAUGAUGAAAUUGAUGGGGUAUUUAAUAGAGAUAAUAAUGAAUCAUGUAUAAAAGAUGAAUUAUAUCGAUAUGAAAUGAAUUAUGUACAUGAAACUAAGGAUGAUAGCUAAAUGAAUAGUUCUUAUGUUGAGAAGAAGAGAAAAUGGAGUUUUUGGAUUAGGUAUUGUUAUAUUAAAUAUAAAGUAAUUGGGAUUCUAUAUUAUAUUAAGAUAAAUAAUCAGAUAAAUCAAUAUAUAAUGGAUUUUACACAAUAGAUUAUUUUGUAAAAAAUUAUCUAAUUCUGUAAUAUAUGUUUGAUUUUCAAAUUGUGAUUGAUAAUAGUAAUAAUUUGAUUGAGACCCACUUUAAUGAUUAAAUUUUGGAUGAUUAGGUUUCAUGCAAUAUUUUAGGAGAGUGCAUAAAAAAGAUUGUGACUGAAAUAAGAUUUUGUAAUGAUACAGAUUGUUAGAUUAUUUAAGAGAUGUCUAAUUUUACAAUGAACAGACCAGUUUAUUUGAUGAGUUUAAUAACAGAAGCUGGAUUUUAAGAUUGGUACUCACAUGAUUAUGAAUUAACAUUUAAAAGUAACUAAUUAGUUAAGAGAUUCAAACCUAUGUCUGAGAAAUAAAGUCCAGGAUAAACUAUUCUUUAAUUAAGUUUACCAUUUAUAGCUGAUAAAGGUGAAUUAUAUAUGUCAUCAAAAUUAUCAAAUACUAAAUUUAUUGGAAGAGUAUUAGAAAACGAGAUAGGAAGUGGUUUAGCAAUAAGUAUAUAAUAGGAAAUACCUUGCAUAAAAUUAAGUGGAUAGGAUUAAUGUCCAAGUUAAGAAUAAAUAAAUUAAGUGAAUAAAGUAGAUUGUGGGAGUGUUGAUAUUUUAUAUUGUGAUUGGAUAAUACAAUUGAGUGUAUUGAUUGUAUUAAUAUUAAUAAUAAUUUGA